AUGAGUGAGAAAGAGACAAAUUAUGUGGAAGAUCUUCUUACACAAUUAGAAAAUGAGCUUAAUGAAGAUACCUUGUCUGAAGAUAUCGACGCACUACUAAGGAAAUGUUCUUUGAAUUUGGUGACUGUUGUCUCCCUUCCAGAUAUGGAUGUUAAACCACUACUGGCUACGAUUAAGCGUUUUCUAAUGUCUAACACAUCGUAUGAGUCAUUAAAUUACGAUUAUCUUUUGGACAUAGUGGACAAGCUGGUUCCUGUGGUUGAUUUUGACGACGUGCUAGAAGUUUACAGUGCGGAGGACUUAGUGAAGGCCCUGAAGUCAGAAAUAGAUCCAUUACGGGUGGCAGCAUGUAAAGUCAUUGAGAAUUCUCAGCCAAAGGGUUUAUUUGCGACUAGCAAUAUCAUUGAUACUCUAUUGGAUAUUCUAUUUGAUGAGAAAGUGGCGAAUGAUAAGCUCAUUACAGCCAUCGAAAAAGCGUUGGAAAGAUUGAGUACAGAUGAGUUGAUUAGGCGUCGAUUAUUUGAUAAUAAUUUACCGUACCUAAUGAGUGUAAAGGGUAGAAUGGAAACGGUUUCGUUUGUCAGAUUAGUUGACUUCUUGGCUAUUGAGUUUCCAUUUAUCAGCGGCGCUGAGUUCAAGGAUAUCUUAUUUGGCUUUACUAAGGAGGAGGUUUUGAAAUCCGUGGAAGAUAUCCUUGUAUUCAUCGAAUUGGUUAAUUAUUACACUAAAUUCUUGUUUGAAAUACGAAAUCAGGAUAAAUAUUGGGCUUUAAAACAUGUCAAUAAAACAUUGCCAAUAUUUGCUCAGCUUUUCGAAGAUACAGAGAACUAUCCAGAUAUCAGGGCCUUCUCUAUAAAUUGUCUUUUACGGCUAUUCGCAGAGGUUUCUCGGAUUGAAGAAGAUGAAUAUUCUUUAUUCAAGGCCAUGGACAAGGAUUUUUUGAAGAUUGGGUCUGAAGCGAAAUUGGUAACCGAGUGGUUGGAAUUAAUUAAUCCACAUUAUCUGAUAAAGUAUCAUAAAGAUGUGGUCGAAAGCUAUUUUCACGUCAGUGGCUAUAGUAUGGGAUUGUUGAGAAAUCUUGCAGCAGAUGAAGAAUGUUUUAAUGUUAUAAGGAACAAAUUCAAUGCUGAGAUUAUUUUAAAACUACCGUACUUGGAACAAAUGCAAGUAGUAGAAACCUUGACGAGAUUCGUAUACACAUCGAAGUUUUUGCUCAAUGAAAUGCCAAAGGUGAUGGGCAGUUUGAUAGGUGAUGGAAGUGCAGGUGCUAUUGUAGAUCUUGAGACUCUACAUUAUAGAAAUUCUGCCUUGAGAAAUCUACUGGACAAAGGCCAGAAAAACCUGGGGAUAUGGUAUGAACCUUUAGCGCGAGAAUACUCUAUGGCAAUCAACGGAAAGAAUUAUUCCAAAGGCAGUGAAGCCAAGAUUGCAGAUGAUUAUAUUGCAUAA